AUGGAUCUAAAAGUCAUUGUGUGGAAAAAUGGUCCAAGGAACACCUCAGUGUCAGUCAGUCCCUCUGGUGAAAUAGUGGAAGGCAGUUCAGUGACUCUGACCUGCAGCGGUGAUGCCAACCCACCUGUGGACAAAUACACCUGGUACAAGAAGAACGUAGCCUCACCAAAAGCAUCAGGACAGAGUUACAACAUCACUAACAUCAUCUCUGAGGACAGAGGAGAAUAUUACUGUGAGGCCCAGAAUGGAAGAGGAUCUAAUAACUCUACAGCUCUGAUGAUCAUUGUAGCAGGGAAACAGACCUCAGUUCUGACUGCAGCUGUAGGAAUCAUAGUGGUUGUUCUGGUUCUCAUCCUCUGUCUCUCUGGACUCAUGUGGUUCAGGAAGAAGGCCUCCAAACCCACCAACACAAGAGACACAGCAGAUGAUGGACAGGGAGACUCUAGUCCAGUGUAUGACAACAUCUCAAACAUGGCCAUGACCUCUACUGCAGCACAGACAGCUGACACAGACAACCAGGAUGAUGUUCACUAUGCCAGCGUCCACUUCUCUCACUCCAAAAACCAGGAAGUGCCUCUGUACUCCACCGUCCAGCUGCUUCAACCCCAGAAAGAGGAUGAGGAUGUCCAGUAUGCUGCUGUGAAUUUCAACCUCCCCUGUGCUGCCACCCGCUGCCUGGCUGCUUUGGGCCUGGCUGGUGAGGUGGUGGUGGUGGUCUCUGGGGGCUGGUCGAGGCGGAGAGGUACAGGCAGGAGGAGCCUGCAGUGGCUGUGGGUGUUGCCCAUGUCAAGCCACGCCCGGGGCCUGGCGGGGGCUGAGUACAUAACAGCUGAGCUGGACUGCUCUGCCCUCCCUACAGACUCUGGUAGGAGGCAGCCCAGCAACGGCAGCAGACCCAGGAACAGGUGA